AUGGAUUUUGGGGUGGUGGGUUUUGAUGGGUUGGGGGGUGCAGCAGCAGAAACUGGUUUUGCUUCUCUUGCUAGUUCGUCAUCAGAUCAGGAGACCAAGCACCAAUGUUACGGAUCUGGGCUCCACAAGCAGGGGAGAUCUGCAGGCACUCUUGAAGAAGAUUGGAGAAGCUCAAAACUGCCCAAGACUGAUGAUUUUCUUUCCGCUUCCAAGACAAUGCCUAACAACAGCACUCAUUUCUCUGAUGGGCAGCAAUUGCUGAGCUUCUCUAAUUCUCCCAAUUUAGAAGCUGUUUUGGUUGACAAGAGCUCUCAAAAUGCCUCAUUGCCUUACUUUCACCAACCAUUAUCUGCUUUCAAUAGAAGUGCAGGCCACAGUACUGGGAGCUUCAAUGGUGCUGCCAUGCAUUGGGCUAUAGCAGGGGCCAGAGGGCCAUUCACUCCAUCUCAAUGGAUGGAGUUAGAACACCAGGCCUUGAUCUACAAAUACAUUACUGCAAAUGUGCCUAUACCAUCUAAUCUGCUCAUCCCAAUAAAGAAGGCCCUUGAUUCUGCCUUUCCAAAUGGACUUCCGAGGCCCAAUACAUUGGGAUGGGGUCCUAUCCAUUUGGGAUUCUCCAACAACACUGAUCCUGAGCCAGGAAGGUGUCGUAGGACUGAUGGGAAGAAAUGGCGGUGCUGGAGAGAUGCCGUUCCUGACCAAAAAUAUUGUGAGCGGCACAUGAACAGAGGCCGCCAUCGUUCAAGAAAGCCUGUGGAACCUGUCGCUGGAACCACCACUGCCACCACCACCACCACCUCAAAGCAGCUUAUGCCUUCGGCUUCUUCAUCAGCAUCCUCGGUGCCCAUGCCCGCUGGCGGUGGUUCAAGCAGCCUCAGCAUUGCCAACCAACAGCUCAAGAGCUUGCAGCCUGCUGCAUCUAAUUCUUCUGCAGCCACUCAGAUGAACAGGAUGUUCAUGAACAAAGAGAAUGUGGGUGAAAGAAUGCAUCAAACACCAGGCCCCUCCAUGUUGUCUAAAGAGAACCCAUGCUUGAUCCAGAAACAGCAAAUCGGAUAUGAAGAAUCCUCAAGAACAGAGUUUGGGCUUGUACCCUCUGACUCCCUCCUCAACCCAUCACAGAAAGGAUCUUCUCUAAUGAGCUGCAGAAACUAUGGUUCUUCAUCACAGAACCUGACAGACCCUGCAGAAACCAACUCACAACAGCAUUCCCUUCGCCACUUCAUCGACGAUUGGCCUAAAAACCAAUCCGAUCGCCCAGCUAUUUCUUGGCCUGACCAAUUUGACAUGCAAUCAGACAGAACCCAGUUGUCAAUUUCAAUCCCCAUUGCUUCCUCGGACUUCAUACCAUCCACUUCCUCUACAAACAACGAGAAGCUCACUCUCUCCCCACUCCGGCUUUCGCGUGAACUAGACCCCAAGCCAAUGGGUUUGGGAGUAGGAGGUGCCCUCAAUGCACAAAACAGUAAGCAAGCAAAUUGGAUCCCAAUCAGUUGGGAGACUUCACUUGGUGGUCCUUUGGGGGAGGUUUUGCACCAUACGAAUAACAACACUGCAGCAGAAUUGAAGAACUCUUCAGUGCUUAAUCUUAUGACAGAGGGAUGGGAUAAGAACAGCCCUUCUUCAUUAGGGUCAUCUCCUACUGGGGUCUUACAGAAGACAGCAUUCGGGUGUCUCUCAAAUAGCAGUGCAGGGAGUAGCCCAAGAGCAGAGAAUAAUAACCUCCUUGGUUCCAGUAUGUUGGACUCUUCCUCCUUGCCUGCCUUGUAAUCAUUUCACAGACUCUGAGGCCUUUAGGUGAAGGAACAAGAUUCAGUUUUUAUCUGUAGUGCCAAGCAUAAUUAGUCACAGUUAAUUUGGAUCCUAUUUUUUUAAAUAUCUAGUCUUGUUUACUUAUUUUCUUCAAUUUCA